GGGGGGAAGCAGGAGCUGGGGGUUGCUGGGUUUGUGAGUUUUCGAGGUGAUUGUGCUGUGCUCGGCGAGGGGACGCCCAGAGUCCUGACCCGGGGUCACUCCGUCGCUGUCCUCUUCUUGUCUGCGUGCGGGACUCGGUGCUACUUUUUUGCCCACACUUAAGUGACACAAAAUGCCGUUCAAUGGUGAGAAGCAGUGUGUGGGAGAGGACCAGCCAAGUGAUUCUGAUUCUUCCCGGUUUUCUGAAAGCAUGGCAUCGCUCAGUGACUAUGAGUGCUCCAGGCAGAGCUUUACAAGUGACUCCUCCAGCAAAUCCAGCUCUCCUGCUUCAACAAGCCCUCCAAGGGUUGUAACAUUUGAUGAGGUGAUGGCUGCAACAAGGAACUUAUCAAACAUGACUCUUGCUCAUGAGAUUGCGGUAAAUGAGAACUUUCAAUUGAAACAGGAGGCCCUCCCAGAAAACAGUUUGGCUGGUCGCGUGAAGCACAUUGUUCACCAGGCCUUCUGGGACGUCUUGGCUUCAGAACUAAAUGCUGACCCUCCUGAGUUUGAACAUGCCAUCAAACUGUUCGAAGAAAUCAGAGAGAUUCUUCUCUCUUUUCUGACUCCUGGUGGCAACCGGCUUCGCAACCAGAUCUGCGAAGUUUUGGACACAGACCUCAUUAGGCAGCAGGCUGAGCACAGUGCUGUUGACAUCCAAGGCCUGGCCAACUAUGUCAUCAGCACGAUGGGAAAGCUAUGUGCUCCUGUGCGAGAUAACGAUAUCAGAGAGUUAAAGGCUACUGACAACAUCGUGGAGGUGCUGAGACAAAUAUUCCAUGUCCUGGACCUCAUGAAAAUGGACAUGGCCAAUUUUACAAUUAUGAGUCUUAGACCACACCUUCAACGCCAGUUGGUGGAAUAUGAGAGAAACAAGUUCCAGGAAAUUCUGGAAGAAACUCCAAGAAGAAUACUAUUAUCCCCAAUUCACAGACCAGGAAACUGAGAAGACAUUAGGUAACCCGCCCAAGGCAUGCAGCUAAUGAGGGGUAAAGGCUAGACUGAAGUUGAGACUGCCUGGAUCAGAUGCCACACUCCCAACUAUUGCAGCAGCCACUUACUGCAUGGGGGAGCCUAGCGCAAGUUCUUAGUCACAUGUUAAUUGCUUUGAUAUUAGGUUGCACUAAGUUGAGAUUCAUUCAUCUGCAAUGCAGAGGUUGCACUGCAGAGGUUGCACUGCCUUGAAAUUCAUUCAUCUGCAAUGCAAAUUUGACUCCUCAGUCAAGCUGCUGCUUCAUUCUCCCUCUUGCUUUCUAAACUCCGUUAUGGAACAGACUGUUGCUGAUCAGUGCCUUUGCACUGCAACUUAUGUUUGUGUUCUUGUCAAAUCUGUUUGAAGGAAUAAAUGUAAAAGACUUGUCUGCCUAAUUAUACUGGCCUCUGACAGAUAAUUAGUUUUAGAAAUGGACACUGUCAGUUGUAUGCUGGAUGUGGUUGGUACAAAUGUGUGGGAGCCAUUUGCUAUACUUAAAGGAAUUUUGUGAGCUAGUAAACACAGCCAUUGCUAAAAAUUAAGUUAUCUAAAUUUACAAUUAAAUAUAUUUUUAAAAAGGUAAAACUCUGGGAAAUCAUUAGGCAGUUUCUUAUUAAACACAUCUACAACCUAGCAAUUGCAAUACUGAGUCUUUAUCUCCAAGAAUUGUAAACUUAUAUUCACAUAUUCAUUCAAAUAAUCAUAAUAGCCUUACUUAUAUAGCCCCAAACUAGAAACAACCAAAAUGGCUUUCAACAGGUAAAUGGGUGAACUGUGGUAUAACCAUACAACAGAAUACUACUCAGUAAUGAAAAGGAAUGAACUAUUGAUACACACAACUUGGAUGGAUGCUCAGAAAACAAAGCCAAUCUCAAGAAUCAUUUUAUUGGUCUGCUCAGGCUGCCAUAACAAAAUACGACAGACUGGGUGGCUUAAACAAUAUUAGUGUAUUUUUCACUGUUCUCAAGACUGAAAGUCCAAAAUGAAGGUGCAAGCUAAUUUGGUUACUGAUGAGGGCUUUCUUGGCACUUUGGACAGCCACCUUCUUAAUUUUCACAUGCCUAUUUCUCAGUGUGUGCAGAUGGAAAGAGAGAGAGGAAGCUCUCUCUCAUCUCCUCUUCUAAGGGUACCCACCCUUAUGACCUCAUCUAACCCUAAUUACCUCCCAAAGUCUCCAUCUCCAAAUGUCAUCACAGUGGAACUUAAGACUUCCUCAUAGGAAUUUGAGUGGCAGGUGGAUACAAACAGUCCAUAACAGCUACAUAUUGCAUGAUUAUAUUUACAUAAUGUUCUUGAAGUGACACAGUUAUGGUGAUUAGUGCUUACCAGAGGCUAGGGUUGAGAUGAGAGCGUGUCUACCGGGAGGUAACAUGUGGAGAUAUUUUAUGAUGAUGGAAUAGUUCAGUAUCCUGAUAAUUACAUGAAUCCACAUAAGUAAUAAAAUUUCUUAGAACCAUACACACACAAAGAAUGCAUGUAAAAACUGAUAAAAAUCAGUAUGUAAGUAUUGUACCCAUGUCAGUUUCCUGAUUUUGACAAUAUACUGGAGUUAUUUAAGAUGCUGUCAUUGGGGGAAGCUGGGUGAAGGGUAGGAACUGUCUGUACUACUUUCACAACUGCUUAGGUCUUUUAUUUUGUAAUAGUUUAAGCUGUUUCAAAAUUUAAAAGUUAUUUUUAAAUCCCUAAAAAGAAUCAACUGUGAUACAUAGACAAUGUGGUUAAACGUCAGAAACACUAUGCUAGGUACUUUAUGAUUCCAUUUAUGUGAAUUUCUUUUUUUUUGAGAUGGAGUUUCGCUCUUGUUACCCAGGCUGGAGUGCAAUGGCGCAAUCUCGGCUCACUGUAACCCCCGCCUCCUGGGUUCACGCAAUUCUCCUGCCUCAGCCUCCCGAGUAGCUGGGAUUACAGGCAUGCGCCACCAUGCCCAGCUAAUUUUUUGUAUUUUUAGUAGAGAUGGGGUUUCACCAUGUUGACCAGGAUGGUCUCGAUCUCUUGACCUCGUGAUCCACCCGCCUCGGCCUCCCAAAGUGCUGGGAUUACAGGCUUGAGCCACCACGCCCGGCCCUAUGUGAGUUUCUAGAAGGCAAACUAAUUCAUGCAGUUAGGAGUUAAAAGUAGUUGAGUGAGGUACACUUCGACUGGAAAGGGAGAGAAGGGAACCUUGUGGGUUAAUGGAUAUGGUCUAUGGCUUGUUUUAGGUGGUAGUUGUACAGGUAUAUAGAGUAGGUAAAACUCACCAAACUGAACACUUAAGAGUUGAACAUUUUAUUAUAUGAAUUUAUUAUGUCUGUAAAUAUAAACAUAUCUACAUGUGUGAAAAAAAUAAUUAUGAAAAAGUAAAGGUAAACAAAUACUAAAAACUCAUCACUUCCAAAUUAUCUUACUACUGUCUAUAGUCUUGAAAUUAAAGAACCUCAAGACUGUACAUAUAACAGGUAUGAAGUACCUGUUGUAUCUGGAUGAUGGAUACACUGUGUAGCAGUGUGCUACACUGAGCAUCUCUGCUCAACCUCAUAUCUAGUGACUCUCUCAUUUGCUCUUUCAACAAAUGAGGAAAUCAAAAGCUCAGGAGACAAGUGAGGGCUAGAGAUACAGAUUUGGGAGCCUUCUGGGGUAUGGACAGAAAUAGAAACCAUAGGAAUGACUAAGAUGGUCUGGUGAGAUGGAAGAGUACCAAAUCAAUGGAGAUCAGGUAGAAUGCUUGGAUGCAUCAACAUUAAAAAAUAGGCAGAGGAACAUCUUCCUGUAAUUGAAGGGAGAUGCACCUGUCUUCUCAUCUUGUCUUCUCAAUCCAGGUAUGAGAUGCAGAAGCACAGCUAGGGGAAACCAGGUCAGAGUGGUGUCAGAGAGGCCAGGAAAAUAGUUUCAGAGGGCUGUACUAAGAGAUGCCUGUAUUACAAAGGUAUUUAGAAAAUAUAGGAAGGACGUGUUUGUUGUAUUUGACAACCAGAAGAUUGGUGGUAGCCUUAGAAAAGUUAUGUGAAGGGUUUAUUUCAGAACCUUUCUAGCCUAUAUUCCAUAUCUUGGUAGAUGACACAGGCAUUCAUUUAGAUGUCCAAGAAAUCUGGGAGUCAUCCUAGAAUACUCCUUUCUAACUCUCCACAUGUAACUGGUCACCAAGACCUGUGAGUGAUCCCCCUAAAUAUUUCUCACUUUUCUUCUCUUUACCCCUCACUUCUACUGUUCUUGUCCAUUUACUCUCUUGUCUGAACCACCACAACAAUUUACACUCUCCACUAGUUCAGUCUUUCUUUUCAAGCAAUUUUUCUUGGGCCGAGAUCACCCACUGUACUCUGGCCUGGGUGACAGAGCGAGACUCUGUCUCAAAAAAAAAAAAAAAAAAAAAAAGGCCAGGCACUGUGGCUCACACCCGUAAUCCCAACACUUUGGGAGGCAAGGUAGGUGGAUCAAGAAGUCAAGAGAUUGAAACCAUCCCGGUUAACAUGGUGAAACCCCAUCUCUACUAAAAAUACAAAAAUUAGCUGGGAGUGGUGGCAUGUGCUUGUAGUCUCAGCUACUCGGGAGGCUGAGGCAGGAGAAUCGCUUGAACCCAGGAGGCAGAGGUUGCAGCGAGCCAAGAUCGCAUCACUAUGCUCCAGCCUAAGUGAUAGAGCGAGACUCCAUCUCAAAAAAAAAAAAAAGGAAAAAAGAAAAUAAUAUUUAAAACUCCCCAUUCCCCAUCACUGAUGUUUGUAACCUGGGAACUAUGAAUCUGGUAAGAGAGAAUGACAAUUGUUUGUGGACAUGUGCACGUGAGCAAGCACAUUCAUCUUGGGAAAGACAUAUCUCUAAUUAGAUGUUAAAAGUGGCCCCAAGACUCAAAAAUUUGUAACAGUUAUACUGUUUCCUCUUCAGAUGCUAUAAAUCUUUCACCUUUUACC